AUGGACAUCUCUCCGUUACGGCUGCGAAGGCCCGAGGACGAAGCGAUCGAGUGCUGGGACGACGACGAAGACCUUCAGUGUGGCGACGAGAUUUAUUUUCGGACUGUUUCCUCGGCGACAUCGGUGACUGGGUGCUCUGUUCGACCCUCCGGCCAUCGAGAUUCCAUUUCGUCACGUCGCUCCUGCAGAUCAGACCGCGAAUCUAACUACGGCGACGAGGAAAGCUGGCAGUUACUGUUAAACGACCAGGAUGAAUUUGGUACCGACGAUGCUAUUGCAUCUGCGAAGAAUGCCGGGAUCCCGAUCCCCAAUGGGAUACCCAGGUCAGCGCUCUUAGGAGGCACUAUCAAAAGACUUGGUGGUCGAAAGGGCAAAAAGGCCUUAGGGGAUGACUGGUCUGAGGAUCUAGAUCUGGCAGGGUUGAGCGGAGAAAUCCAGCUAAGGUUCAAACAUGAGGCGACUUCCCCGGAGUCGUUGCUACAUCUCAGCUCUCUCCCAACAAGCCCAUCGAAAUCUCGAGAAUUGGAGUAUUUCACUGAUAUCAUAAACCAUCCACCCGCACCGAAACAACAGCUGUUCAACGAUUUAGAUAAAUUUAAAGAUACUGAAGAGGAUGCCUCCUUCGAUGAUGUUCCAACUAUUAAACUAGGAAAAUCUCGCCCUCCGCCAAUUUCGAAUCCAUUCGCUGCUUCAACUGCGACAGAACCUGGUACGCAAGACGACAAUAUGGAAACCGAUUUGGUGCUGCCCUCGGAUGGUGAGCCUUUACGCCUAUCCACCAGACGAGAAACCUCCAAGACACCGGAUGCGUUUGGGGACGAAUUCGAUGCCGAGUGGGCUGAAGGGAGUAUUGGAGUACGAUUCGGUGGAACAAAAAGAGAAGGGUUUUCCACCCGUAGCUCAACUGUGUCUGCCCUGAGCCCCAGUGUUUCAAGCUGCUUGACUGCAGAGAGCGAUGACGAAGGAUUCAACGAUUUUGUCUUGCCUGACGGGCCCUUGGACCUGGGAAAAUCGCUGCAGAAAAGGCAAGAGUCUGCACUACCUGUCGACUUGGACUUUCCCCCCGAACCUGAAGCUUCAAAGCAACCUGAUCCCGCAGCGGACGAUUUCUUCUCUGGGAUCGAAAUUGGCGACGGGGAGCUGUUUGACACGGAAAAGUUGACCCUUAAUCGGAAUAUUAAGCGCAAGGUGGAGAGACCAGCAAGCCCUGCUAGACGCGGAGCAACAACCAUAACUUUCACAAGCCGAACGCCCGGCACUCGGAUCCCCAGGCUGUCUGACAGGCCACAUUCCACCCAACUUGAACCUGUCUCAGAAAGUGGAGCGCCGGUGUCUAAAUUUGUUCGACCUGCUUCUCGACUGAGCGGACACGCCACACACUCAUCUUUAUCCAAUAUUUCGAUAUCAAGCGCUGGUUCUGCGUCAUCCAACCCUCCUACUCGUCGACCUUCUAGUAGUAGAAGUUCAAAAGAUACAAUACAAUCAACUAGUACGAAUUCUCAACUACUGAAAACCAAACGAUCCAUUCCAGGACUACGAAAUUACAAUGCCGGCAUGGCAUCAACACUGCAAAGGUCCCCUGGACGACAAGAAAGCAAUUUGAAGACUCGAGCUACAGUGUCUCCUCGUCCAAAAACUCCCGUCAAUCAGUCUACCGCUGAAACUCGUCUUGGGCCUCAACGGCGACAUCAUGUUCCUUUUAUUCCUGCAGGAGCUUCUCCCAACCAAUCGCACCAUGUUAGCCUUAAAACAAGUAGGCACUUUCGCCGCGCAGAUUCAGAUAGUUCUGGAGAUAUGUUCACCCACCAUAGAUCCAACUCCCGCGUCUCAAGUUCUUCUGCCUUAUCAGAUACUACGCGACGUGGAAGCACUGAUCUUCCUACUGGCUCGUUUACAGCUGCUGCAAAACAUGCCGUUACCAAGCCAAAUAGGAAGAGGCAUUUUGGAGAUGGCACGGAACUCGAUAUUUUCGACGAUCUCCCAACCUCAGCAACCGCUGAAAGUAAAUAUGUGAAAGUUCCUAUCAAAAAAGGCCCUCCACGUGCCUUGCGUAACAGACUUAGUCAGUCUGGAAUCCCUUUGCCUUGCAAAACGGAGACAACGGGUUCCUCUCUACCAACGAGCCCACCGCACCAGGAUCAUACUCCAAGAUUUGCUCGUGACACUAAUGCAUCCAGAAAUGCUCGAGAGCAGAGAAUUGCUUCCAUGACUCAUAAUCAAAGGGAACGCGAAAACGGUCCUUUGACUCCAAUUAGUGUGAAUUGGAGGUCGCCGCCGUUUAGCCGACCACCUUCAAGUCCGACAAUGGUUAAAAGCAGACCAGGACAUAAACAUCGCGAUUCUAUUAGCAGGCCCCACCUGAUUAAGCCCAUGGGUAGCGGAGUGCAUGAGCCAAAGUCCGUCAAAGGAAUGAAAUACAACCCCACAUUAUAUAGAUGGGAAGGGAAUGAAACCGCUACGGCUGCAUUUGAUCCACCAGCUUUGGGAACCCCUCCAAAGUCCACCCUUGCUCUUAUCAGCAAUAUCGGUGGAAUAAGUGGUGCUCAAGUUGUAGGUUCCAUGGUCUUCGAUCCCCAGCGUAUGUGCUGGCUCAAACUAGCUUCCCCUGGGAAAACUGGUGCCACCAUUCCUCCAGAGGAAGAUGAUGUGUUUGCCGGGCUCGAAGAUCUUGAUGAUCGACCGCAAAAAUCGAAUACAACUUCCCGAAUAGCAUCAGCAGUUUGUGAUAUUGAAGCAAACGACCCGUUGACUGGUGAUGACAAAAGUGGUGAUUCCUCUGAUGACUGGCCGAUAACAGAGGAAUUUGAUGUUGGCCCAGAGUUUAUCAAGAGACAACGUGCCGAAGAAGAGAAAUGGAGGAGGAAAGUCAGUAAAUGGGCCAGCGGAGAUCGCAAUAAACUUGGAGAUUCGUGGAGGUGGGCAAUUCGCGAUUUGGUGAAGACAGACGCUCCCAUCGAUAUUCCACUUUCGUACAAACGCUGA